AUGUCUCUUCAGAUAUUCACCAACCCAUCUCAUGGUCUAGCUCAGGUAUUCUACUCCAAGAAGAUACCAUGCAGAGUGAAACUGAGUCGUGUUCUAGCCACGCCACAGUCUUCAAUACUCUUGCAGAUGGACGAAAGCAACAACAAUCUUCCCAAGUCCAAGAAAGGUUUUGGUCUGAGUGAAGAUUCAAGAAGCAGUUUGAACAAACUUUCUGCAGAUUCUAUGCUCAGGCAAGCCAACACGGUGGGGAUCAUCGGUGGCAUUUCAACUGAUUCCACUCUUAACUUUGUUAGAAAACUAGAGGACUGGAGCUCAAAAGAUGGUAAGAGCUCCUUACCCUUUGUGCUUUGCUCGGAUCCUAUUCUCAACAAGGAGCUUCUCUUAUACGAGGAGAACUCUUAUCCUUCUCUCUACCAUAGAAUAAAGCGUACUCCACCGGAUCAAAAUCAGAUUGUGGAGAAUCUAAGGAACAAGAGGAGAUCUCUUGAGAGGUGUGGAGCUAAACUAAUCUUAAUGCCUUGUCAUAUUGCGCAUACAUGGUAUGAUGAGGUCUGUGAAGGGAGUUCAGUUCCUAUGCUUCACAUGGGUGAUUGCAUUGUCAAAGAGCUUGAAGAGGCCAAGAUGAAGCCUCUUGAAGCUGGGAAUCCUCUGCGUGUAGGUGUGAUGGCGUCUAGCGCCACGUUAUCCGCAGGGUUCUACCAGGAGAAACUACAGAACAAUGGAUUUGAGGCGGUGCUUCCAGACAAGGCGACAAUGGAGCACACGGUGAUCCCAGCUAUAGAAGCAAUGAAGAGAGAUGACAUGGAAGGAGCAAGGAACCUUUUGAGGAUAGCAUUGCAGGUACUGUUGGUGCAGGCUGUGAAUGUGGUGGUUCUAGGGUCAGAUGAGAUGAGGGACCUCUUGCCAGGGGAUGAUCCUCUGCUAAAGAAGUGUGUUGAUCCAAUGGAUGCACUUGCAAGGUCUGCCAUUAAAUGGGCAGAGAGUCUAUCAUGA